CACGCCAACAACAUCCGUGUCGCGGCUCGAGAAUACCAACAAGGUCUUCGCGAACGCCAACAACUGCGGUUGCAGCAGCAGGCUGCAGCGGCUACCGCGGGGGCGGGUCAUCCUCGUCAUCGAGGAGGUGGAGAAAAUGCCCCUGCUGUUGACGGCCCACGACCAGCUGCCGGCGAGCAAGCAUAGGAAGUGGACAAUCAUGCGAACGAGAGAAAAUCAAGUAGGUGCCCCAAGAACCUCUUGCAGACGAGUAGAGAAAUUGAAA